AGAAAGGAUUUCCAGCGAGAAAGCGGAAAGUCCGCUUCUACCGGUAAGACCAGAAAUCUCACGGCCAUUAGAUCACCAAGCAGCAGAGAUAAACUGAAGCCCUCCGCUCUUUACUCAACUUGUAAUCAUUUUCUUCCUUUUUUCCAGCUCAAAGUUCUCUCCUUUUUAGAUUUCUUCAUCUGAUCCAUCCAUUUAUUUUCUUUCUUUCUAUUCGAUUCUCAUCAUUUGUUUCAUUGUAGCGAGCUCGACAUCGAUCAAUCCUGCUUUUUUGUUUCAUUACUUAUUUGAUUUUGGGUUUGUUUAGGAUCUUUAGAUUUUUAGGAUUGAUAGAAUUUCAUUGUUUCCCCAAAAUUUGAGCUUUUUGGCGAUUUAUUGUAGAGCAGCAUUGUAAUAAUUGAUUUGGUGUUGCAUGGGGUUUCCUUAGAGGAAAAGGGGUGGGUUUUCUUUUUUCUGCUCUUAUGAUUGAAGAUGAAAGUUAUUGGGUGAAUUUCAUUUUUUUAUUUUUUGAUCGUUAAGAAAUAAUAGAGGAAAUGGCAGAAAGGCAUGCACAAUCUUCUGCACAUGGAUACAAGAAACUCCUCUUUCUUCUAUUUUCUAUAACAACAUUAGUUUUUGCUUUCUCCUGGUUCUUCCUUUUGGGUUCUACGGACAGUCCUCAUUUGAUUGAGCAGACUGUUCUUCCUGAUUCAAAGAUUCUUUGGACGGCUGAGAAACAUGGAGAUAUUCCCAGUAGUGAGAAUGAUGAACAAGUGGGGCAUUAUUUCCAGGACAGUACUGGUCCACCAGAACAUGAAUUCAGCAAAUGUGAUCCAAGUAAUGCAGUUUUGAAGGUUUUUAUGUAUGAUUUGCCUCCUGAGUUUCAUUUUGGCCUUUUAGAUUGGAAACAAGAGGAAAAUAAUGUUUGGCCUGACAUAAAAGGAAAGAUCCCAGAUUACCCCGGAGGGCUGAAUCUGCAACAUAGCAUAGAGUAUUGGCUAACAUUAGAUCUGUUAUCCUCUACAAUUCCGGACCGACCGGGGCCUUGUACUGCUGUAAGGGUCACAAAUUCUCGAGAAGCUGAUAUUGUGUUUGUGCCAUUCUUUUCCUCUUUGAGUUAUAAUCGUCAUUCGAAGUUGAAACCGCUCGAAAAUACCAGUAUGAACAAGCUGUUGCAAUCAAAAUUGUUGAUGUUUUUAAAAGCUCAAGAGGAAUGGAAGAGAUCUGGAGGCCGAGAUCAUGUAAUUUUGGCUCAUCAUCCAAAUAGUAUGUUGGAUGCAAGGAUUAAGCUUUGGCCUUGUAUGUUCAUUCUUUCUGAUUUUGGAAGGUACCCACCAAAUGUGGCUAAUGUGGAGAAAGAUGUGAUUGCACCUUAUAAGCAUGUUGUGCGAUCUUUUGUAAAUGAUACUGCUGGAUAUGAUGAUAGGCCAAUUUUGCUAUACUUCAAAGGGGCAAUUUAUAGGAAAUCUGGUGGAAUUAUCAGACAAGAACUAUUCUACCUUCUCAAAGACGAAAAAGAAGUCGAAUUUUCAUUUGGAACAAUACAAAAGAAUGGCAUCCAAGAAGCCACCAAUGGGAUGCGUUCAUCCAAGUUCUGCCUCAACAUCGCCGGCGACACACCCUCCUCCAACCGACUCUUCGACGCCAUUGCUAGCCACUGUGUUCCUGUCAUCAUCAGCGACGAGAUCGAACUCCCUUACGAAGAUGUCAUCGACUAUUCUGAGUUUUGUGUCUUUGUUCGCGCCGCAGAUGCAAUCAAGAAAGGAUUUUUGAUGAAUCUGAUCAAAGGCAUAAGCAAGGAGGAAUGGACCCAAAUGUGGGUGAAGCUCAAACAAGUAGAAGGAUAUUUUGAGUACCAGUAUCCAUCUAAGAAGGACGAUGCUGUUCAGAUGAUUUGGCAGGCAAUAUCCAGGAAGGUACCUGCGGUGAGAUUAAAGUUACAUAGAUCACAGAGGUUUUCUCGGUUCAAAAUCAGAUGAGUGUUCUUACUUUCUUCUUUGGUUCAUUCUUUUGACUAUGUAUGUGCAGUUAUAAAUAUAUUUCAUUUAUGAAUUAUGUGAAAGCGUAGCUUGUGGGGAGAUUAGAAGCUAUGAUUUUGACUGAUCUUUAUUGAUCUAAAAUUAUCUUUUAACAUAAUAAAUGGAUGGGAGAUAGAGUUUCUUACUUAUA